CCAGACAGCAACCACACCACGACAAAAGCGGCAAUCAAUAGACCUCAAAAUCCAAAGAAAUAGCAGGGGGCCGUAAACCUAAUAAUAAUUUCUCAGUGAUGGCCAACAUAUUAGAGACUGUUGGGUUGAAUAGCCAGGCUGAUGCUACGUUAGAUCAAGUGACAGCAGAUGCAACGGCGACAACGAAACUGCGUCGUAGAAAAGGUAUAAUUGUUCAACCUGAAAAUGUAAAUGAGCAACUCAAAACUGAUAGAAGACAACCACCAAGUUCUAAUCGAACCACAAAUCCAUUAACUGUUUCACUAGGAUUAACUCGUGAUCUUGUUAAGCAAAACAAGACUACAAAUUCAGUUCUUGAGUUGAUUGGAUUUUAUAUUAAUCAUUUUAUCCUUUUAAGUUUAUUCUUUGUUAUAUCAAUUUUCAAGAAUAUUCAAUUUGCAUAUAGAUAUAUGUUUUUAAAAGUGCUUACUUUAAGCUAUUAUCCAAACAAAUCACCACAAGUUAUAAGGGAAGACGUGAAUAAGUUGAGUAAGAUCCCUAAGGUUGUUAGUUGUAUAUUGGAUCUAAAGGAUGACGAGGAUGAAAAUGGUGGUGUGUUGGGAUUAACUAACCAAAUCGGGGAAUUAGCAGCAUGGUGUAUAAGUGCAGGAAUUGGUCAAUUAAUCAUAUAUGAGUAUUCUGGAGUAUUAAACCAAUCAAGUGAAUCAUUAACAAGCUUGAGUCGAUAUAUCUCCAAGAAUUUAACUUUAUAUUUUGGUACUGAUACUAAACCUACCUUUUCUAUAACCAUACCACAUAAGAAUUUAAUAACCUUUAGUGAAGGUGCCAGCUCUACCAACAGAAAAGUUGAUUUAGAAAUAAGUUUAAUCAGUUAUGUUGAUGGAAAACCCACAAUUGUUGAUUUGGCUAGAACCAUGGGUGAAUUGGCCGUAAAUGGUGAAUUAUCACCUAAAGAUAUCAAUGCGGAACUAAUUGACGGAGAAUUAACUGAUUUGGUUGGACCAGAACCUGAUUUAUUAAUUAGUUUUGCUCCUUCAUUAGAUUUAGAAGAUUACCCACCUUGGCAUAUUAGAUUAACCGAAAUCUAUUGGGAACCUGAUAACAAGGAGGUUUCUUAUCCAAUAUUUAUUCGUGCUUUACAACAAUUUUCAAACUGUAAAGUGAAUAUUGGGAAGUAAAUGCAUACAUUAACUAACUAAUUUAACUAAUCUAACUUACUAUUUUCACAUAUCUAGGUUUUUAGCUUCAAAAUACAAGGUAAAUUAUUGGGUUAAUCAAUAUAUAUUGUUCUGGUGUA